AUGGGUCCCUCCUCAUGGGGAGGUCCCCGCCGGUGGUCCCUCCUUCUUUUACUCGCAGUUUUAACAGCUGGGUCGGUGCGAGUGAGGAGAGAGGCCGGUGGCGGAAGCCAGUCGCUGCUCACGGUCGAAUGGGAAGGCAUUCAGACGGGAGAACAUCCCGAGAGGGAUAUCCAAGGAUUCCUCGUCGAAUACCGGCCCGAAAAUGACAAUUCCUGGGUCGUGCAUGCCGGCAUCAUCCCAUACAAGGGUCCCAAUCACCAGUACCGCGUUCAAAUCCCACGACUUCCGAUGGGUAUUUCCUACUUUGUCAGGAUUAAGGUCCUCGACGCAGCCGGAAAUGUUCUCGUCGAAACGCCCGAGAUCCGAGCCCGCAACGAGAUGGUCUCCAUCAAGUGUGAUACCGACGAUGUCUCCGAACCGAGAAGCGUCGAGAUCACGCAAGCUGGUCGCUUCUCGUUGGCUCUACGAUGGGAUGUGCCGGAAUGUGGAUCGAUUGGAGAUUAUCAAGUGGAAGUAUCCGGGCUCGGAAAUGCGUCUUUCGACGUGCAUCGUCAGACGGUCGUCCAGCCAUACGUCUCGAUCACCAACCUUCUGCCCGGAACACUUUAUGCUAUCAAGGUGCGCGCUUCUGACCGCUCGUCCCGUUCCACCGGACCCUGGAGCUCCGAGAUCCUCGAGGCCCAAACCAAGGGCUCAGCUGUCGCCGCCAACGAAGCCAUCCACAUCGACUACCGCACUGAUUCCCAAAUCCGUGUCACAUGGCUACACUACGAUGAUGAACGCCUCCAACACUACGAGGUUAUGGCCGUCGAACAGGGCGCAGACUCCCGUCAAGUCGAACGCGUUCGAAUCUCCCCGGCCCAGGCAUCCCACCUCUUCUCCGGUCUCAAGCCCGACACCAAGUAUGUCAUCGGUGUCGUCGCGUUGGUUGACCACGAGCCCAAGCAGACCUACAGCAUCACCGCCCAAACCGCUGACGAUUCGGCGGCGAAAUGGACGGAGAAGCCGCAAGUCGUUGAAGAGGCCGACGGUGUCGCUACCGUACACUGGACUGUACCGCCGGUUACCGCUACCCCGGUGACCCGCUUUAUCGUCGAGUACCGCCUCCCCAGCGAGAACCAGUGGCAACGAGGAGAUGAACAAGCCUUCGAUGGAUCUGUCGGAGAUUACUCCGCUACUCUUUCCAACCUUAUCGACGUCCCCUUCUAUGCCAUCAGAAUCAUUGCCGUCGAUGAGUCGAAUGAAGCUGUUGCCAUCACUGAAGAGCUGACCGUUGGACACGCUGCUGAAGGCGCGUGCAUUGGACGUGGUGGUGUCCCCCGGAAGGCCCACCUCGUCGCAAUCGGAGGAGAAGCCGCCAAGCUCGAAUGGGAAAAGCCGGAAUGCGACGAGUCGAUCGCCCCCAUCGACGGAUAUGAAUAUCUGAUCUGGGAAUCGUCUCAAGCCGCCCCUCCAGAUGGCGCCUCAUACGUCGGGGCGACGACUGUCUCCGUUGAUACCCUACUCCCCAGUACUAAAUACAGUUUCAAGGUGCGAUCCCGUUCUGGAAAUGGGCAUAGUACCUGGAGUGGACCCGUUGAAUUUACGACAUCGGCUAGCGGGGAAUUGAAAAAACUGGAAUCGCGUGUGAAACGCCAAUCGAAACACCUAAUCCGCGACCUAACAAAUAUCUAUAAACUGCGGCUCGUCCUGGCCCCUCCAAAUAAUUUCCUCGUCUGGACACCACUACCAAUGCACCAGGGUCUCAUCCAUGCAUUCAAACUAGCCUAUAAAGAGGAAUCGUCUACGAAAUGGACUCGAAUCCUCGAAAAGCCCGAUACCUUUCGGUGCCCAAGAGGCGUCGCCGACCCUGAGGAUUAUUGCCAUCGCCUUGAUCGAUUUAUAUAUAGAAUCAACUAUCAGGCCACAGUAACUUACAAUCUAACAAAUGGUGUCGGAGUCCCGCGAGGGGCUUCCAUAACAUUUCAACUUGUCGAUCUUGACUCACCCGAAGAAGAACCGUUUCUAAUCGUUGCCCAACCGGUUGAUGAGCACAAUGUUGAACUCCACUGGAAACCCCACUUCACCCAACCUAUCGAUUCUUAUCAGAUGAGUAUUUUUGAUGGGCACGGACGAGUUAGAAUCGUCUCGUUGGGACGAGAAGCGGAUUCUUUCGUACUUCCGCUUCCCAGGACCGGAGGGCCAAUGGCCAGCCCUGGGCCCACGAUAACUGUGGCCCUGGAGGCCAUCCUCCAAAAGGGAUUCUCCGUCGUCCAACGAUUCGAGAUCAAAUCGACGGCUCAAUUGGUGCUACUACCAGUGCUCUCCAAGCACGCCUCGAAGGAGGGGAUCCAGAUCGAGCAGCCAAGAAUUGAGACCCAGGGCCAGAGGAGUACGGUUUACUGGACGGUUGAUGGCGAUACGGCCAAGGUCGCUUCCUACCAGCCGGAAAUCCGAGGCCACAGCGACAACUGGAAGCCCGCCGGAGCCGCAGUUCCCAACGACCCCUCCCAGAAGCAUUUCCGUCAACAACUCGGAGCCCUUUCCUCCUCCCUGCACUACGUUCGAGUCCGAGCCCUUGACAACAAUGGAAAGACCGUCGGCACCUCGCCGUCUACUUCCUUCCAAGUCCAGUGCCAAGCACCUCUUGCUCCCGAGAAUGUGCGCCUUGACCGCGUCUCCGACAACCUGGUGCGCAUCUCCUGGAAUGCUCCCCAAGAGGAGUCGAGCUGUGGAGGCGUCUUCUACAUCACCGGAACCGUCGAUGGGCAGGCCGUCAACUACCAAGUCCCGGUCUCUGAGCGCCACUAUGAUAUCCACGCUUCUCCUUCGUCCAUCCACCUUGAGAUCCGUGCUUCAAACCAAGCCGGAAGUGGCUCCGCUUCUCGUCCCGUUCAACUUUCCAACGCUCGUCAAUCAUCGGAGCACAGCCACCGGCUGAAGCGUAGCAUCUGUGACCCAAGCCGAGACUUCUGGUGCACCGGCUUCGAAUCCCAACAUGCCGAUCGGGCUGGAGGCCAAGCUCUGGUCUCUACUCCUCGAGUUACCACUCGUGGAAAUGAUCUGCAUGUCGGAUGGAGGAGCGAGGGAGAGGGACGCGGAAUUUUCGGAUAUCGCGUUCAGUUCAGGACCGAUCAGUCGGGAUGGAAUCCCUAUGGCCAAAUCGUCCCCUACACCGGCGAUGGCGCUGAAUAUCAACAAGUUCUCACGGGACUUCAACAAGGACACACCUACUACAUCCACAUCCAGGUGCUCGACCGCAACUCCUAUGUAAUGUACACAUCCCCGGAAGCUUCCGCCACCUCCGAAUGCCGUCCCCCAACCCACGCCCCAUCCCACCUCACCGUCUCUGCCCCAGAUGCCAGCCACGUCCGUGUCUCCUGGGCCCACCCACCGCAGAGCACCUGGGGAUGUGCCGACCUCCAGUUCGAGAUCCAAGCCGAGGAACCCUUCGGCCAAGCCCCAGUCCUGGUCCCUGGAGGACAGACCACCCACGUCUUCCAGUCCCGCCCCAACGAGAAGUGGUCCGUCAAGAUCCGCGCCAAGAACUCGGCCGGCCACUCCGCCUGGACGCCAGCUUCCUCUGUCCGCACCCCUGCUGGCGGAGAACUCAUUGUUGGACCGAAUGUGCAAUACCGACAAGGAGCCCCAAUCCUCUCGUGGCAGAGCAAGGAAGGUGUCGAUUCGACCACCGUCCACAGCUAUGUCGUUGAAUGGAAGUCCGAUCGGGAUGAGCAGUGGCGCCACCAUGGAAACCAGAUCCCAUUCUCUGGAAGUCAGCGCGGCUACCAGGUUGACCUUAGCGGUCUUCCGAAGGGCAACAACUACCAAUGCCGCGUUGUCGCCAAGGGACCUCGUGGUGAAACCACCUUCACAUCUGCUGCCGUCUCUGUUCAGAGCUCCCAAUCAUGCAGGAAGCCCACUCGUCCUCCCACCGGAAUCCAGGUCCAACCUGUUGGACCCACCCAGAUCAAGCUGACUUGGGUGCCACUCCCUGAACACGAAUGGAACUGCGACCGUGUCUGGUACAUCGUCAAGUACUCCACGGCUCGCAACCAGGGCUUCAAGAAUCUGACCCAAGGAGAGGACUCCGUGCUCUUCGAGUCUGACCCGUACACGCAAUGGCGCUUCGAAAUACAGGCGGCCAACCCUGGUGGUGAGACCGAUUGGUCGCGCGCUGAAGCUGCCCAGACUCAAGCUGCUGCUCCGGGACCUGUCUCGGAUUUGAGGAUUCAACCACUGGGACCUGACUCUGUCCAGGUCAGCUGGCGACCACCUGUCAACCCGAACGGCCAGAUCACGUCCUACGAGAUCACCUACCAACUGACAAAUCGUGGAAUGUGCGAGGAGGUCCGUGAGGCUCCAAGAACCGAGCAAACUACCCAACCCUACUUCGUACUCCGCAACCUCCACCCUCACUCCAAAUACCGUAUCGGAGUCGCUGCCCGUACUACCAUCGCUGGAGAACGUGUCUCCCAAGAAGUCGCCACCGAGCAGUCCACUCCCACCUCCGCUCCCAACUACCUGCGUGUCGAUUCUGCCCAACAAGACUCGGCCCAAAUCUCGUGGCAAGCCCCCGCCUGCCUCCAGACCAACGGCGAGAUCACCGAGUACGAGUACGAGGUCAGCCCCGCCGACCGCCGGACUCACGUCCAGAAGACCACCAACAAUGUCCGCGGAACUCGCGCACAGAUCACCAACCUGCAGCCGAACACUCGCUACAACGCCAAAGUCCGCGCCUACACCGCUCGCGGUGCUGGCCCAUGGUCAACGGAAGUUGCCCUCCAAACCACUGGCCAAACCAUUGUCCAAGCCCCGCCUCAUAUCUCCGUCAUCGAUGCUGGAGCCGACAAUGCGCACAUCCUCUGGCAAUCACCACAGGAUGCUCGCGAGAACCGUGUCGAUCGUUACAAGUGCCAGUACAAGCCAAGAACUCCUCCGCAGGCACCACCAAAGGAGGCCGAAUUUCCCGCCUACUCUCCUUGUGACCCCAACCUCCUCCGUCGGCAGAAUCUGCCACCGACUCCACAAGGAUCGCAAUACCAAUGCGGUCGCAUCGACAACCUGGAGAAGGAGCAGACCUACGACUUCAAGGUCCAGGCCUGCCAACAGAGGAAGUGCUCCGCCUACACUGACUCGGCUCGUGCUCGCAUCUCCGAUGGUCCUGUAAAGGUGCAGUCUGUCACCAAGACCGGCAGCACUGACCGUUCCCUCUCCAUCCGUUGGGAAGUCGCACAGGAAGAUAUCCCUCGUGUCACCGGAUUCCGCCUUUAUGUUGAGCCCCUCGACCGCUCGGACCGCCCGAUGACUUUCACCGUGGACUCCAGGACGUUCAACUACCGCAUCGACACCCUCCGCCCCAGAACCGCCUACAAUGUCAGCGUCCAGGCCUGCACCCAAAAGGAAUGCUGCGUCGGAACUUCGGCCACGAUGAGCACCGAUGCUGCUCAGCUUCAGGCUCUGUCUGUUGCUCCUAGGAUUAUCGCCGAAGAAGCCACUUCCAUUACCAUCGAAUGGAACUCGAACUCCCGCGAGGCUUCUGGAUACAUAGUUGAAUACCGUCUGGAGAAUGGAGCUUGGCAACAAUACCCUCGCCGUGUUCCUGGAAACCCAUCACAGACCACCUACACUGCCACCGUCGAUGGCCUGCCAACCAACAGCGUUGUUGACCUACGUGUCCGCGUUGUUUCGGCCCAAAAUGAACAAUCUGCCCCAUCGCCCGAAGUUCGUGGAAGGACCAAGUGCCAGCCACCAUCACAGCCACCCCAGGGUGUUCGUCUUGACGCCCCAUCCACCAAUGAAGUUCGUGUCAGCUGGUCUCGACCGGCCCGCGAUCAGUGGCAGUGCGACCAUCUCAACAUCGAGAUCAGCUACAGCGUCGGAGGCGGCCCGCCUAAGACUGUUGUUGUCCCCGGUGACCAGACCGACUACAAAUUCCCUGCCGAGCCAAACCAGCGCUGGGUUGUCAAGCUCCGUGCCACCAACCAGGUCGGAGCCUCAGGAUGGUCUCCAGAACAAUCGAUCACCACCCGUCAAGGUGCCCCUGGAGCUGUUCGGGACUUGCGCCUCAAUGCUCUUUCUCCCAAUGAAGUCCAUGUCCAAUGGCUGCCACCACUUGUCCAGCGUGGUACUAUCGUCGGCUACGACAUUUCCUACCGCCUCAAGCAUCGUUUGGCUUGUCCUGAAGAAGAGCCCCGCGAUGUCUCCCGAGACUACGUCACCAUCUACAACCACAAGGACCUGGACUACACCCUCACUGGCCUGCUACCGUACUCUUUGUACGAAGUCAAGGUCCGUGCCAGAACCACGGAACUCGGACCUGAGGAGACCAAGGAGGUGUCGACCGAGCAACAAUCCCCAUCUGCUCCUCCACUCAACCUCGAGCUUACCUACGCCCUCGAGCGCUCGCUGUCCUUCCAAUGGGAGCCAGUUGAUUGCUCGCAGCGUCACGGCCACAUCACCAACUACGAAUACGAGAUCAUCGGCCAAGACGAUUGGGCCAAGCUCGAGCGCCAGAUUGCCAACUCCUCCGAUACCAAGAUCACGAUCGAUGGCCUGACACCAUUCACCAAAUACGUCAUGCGAGUUCGCGCUUACAACUCGAUUGGAGGCAGUCCUAACACCGAGAACCUUGACGUCAUGACCGCAAAGGCCGAUGCUCCGCUGCCACCCCAGGAUUUGGUUGUUGCCCAAGAGGGUACCGACUUCUUCAUGGUUUCGUGGUUGCCGCCGUACCCACCAUAUGGCCCGCAUGACGCCUACAAGAUCCGUCAUCAGCUACUUGGAACUGACGGAUGGGAGACUGUGGAGCAGCCGAUCAAGAGCCCGCUGCUGAAGUGUCCGGCAGAGAGCCCUCGAUUCUGCUUCAACGUCACUGACAAGGAGCCCGGACAGCAAUACCGAGUCCAAGUCUCUUGCCACAUCGAGGGAGGGAACUACGGACCAUGGAGCAGUGUUGUCAUUGCCAACACACUCCAAGUCCUCCCUGAUGCUCCUCGUGCGAUCCAUCUCAUCGAGAAGACCGAUCACUCGCUUCACAUCCGCUGGAUCCCACCGGUUGACCCCAAGGGACACAUCACGCAAUACCGCGUCUCGAUCGUUUCCCUUGAUGACGCCAACGACAAGAAGCGCACUUUCAUGGUCGACCACCCGACGCUGACGUACCUGUUCGACAACUUGAACCCGGAGACCAACUACAACAUCUCCAUUGCUGCCGGCACCAAGCGUGGCUUCGGAUCCGAAAUCUUCACCACUUACGCCACCGAUCCCUUCAACAUCCCGGCCGUCAUCGGAGCUCCAAUUGUCACUCCUGAUGGAGCCAAUGCCCUUGAUGUCCAAUGGAAUGGAGUUCAAGAUACCAAGGACCGCGUCAAGGCCUACAUCAUCGAGAUCAGAAACGCUGAAAACCCGGCGUGGACCGAGAUUGGUGGACAGACCGACCACGACAACGUCAAGAGGACGUAUCUCAAGAAGGUCACCGGAUUGGACCCGGAUACGUUGUAUUUUGUUCGUAUCAAGGUUGUCGACAAGAAACAGCGUGUAUCUGAUGCUUCUCCUGAAGGCCAAGGCCGUACCGGAUGUGCUGCACCAUCUUCCCCACCAGCCAAUGUUGCCAUUGCCUCGCCAUCUAACAAACAAGUGCGCUUCUCGUGGCAAGCCCCGCUCAAGGGAUCCUGGCAAUGCUCCUCGAUCCGCUACCGCAUCCAGUACAUCAACGGCACCAACGGGCGCCAAGAGCUCGAAGUGCCAUUCUCCCACAUCGACAAGAUUUUCGACUCCCAGCCCAACACCCACUGGACCGUCAGCAUCAAGACGAUCAAUGAUGCUGGGGAAUCGGAGUGGAGCAAGGACCUUGAGGUCACUACUGCUGAAGGCGCCCCAGGCGCCAUCACCGAUUUGACAGCUACGCCUGAUGGUCCCACCACGGCUACCGUAACCUGGAAGCCACCACAGCAACCAAAUGGUGUCAUCACCGGAUAUACCCUGAUCUACAGGCUGAAAUCGAUCGGCCAGUGUGGCCCCAGAUCUAGCAACCCCAUCGAGAAGCACGUUAGGAGCGAGGAGCAGACCAUCGAUGGUCUACUUCCGGACUCCACCUACGAGGUGCAAGUCAUCGCCCACACUUCGUUGGCUGGACCAACAUCCCAGACCGUCACUUUCACGACCGAAGAAGCCGAGCCAUCUGGAGAGCCGCUGAAUGUCAGAAUUGGUUCUGUGACGGCUACACGUGCUGACGCCAUGUGGCAACAACCGGAAUGCGAGAAACGCCACGGCAAGAUCACCGACUACGAGUAUGAGCUCGAGGCUGUCGAUGAAUGGGCUGACAACAACACUGGCAGCAGCCGUUCCGAGCGUGUCACCUUCGACAAGCUGACCCCGUACACGGAAUACCGAUUCCGUGUCCGCGCCCUGAAUUCCCAAGGAGCUGGACCUUACAGCGAAUGGGUGUCUUUCACCACUCAAUCUGCUGCUCCUCCACCACCUGGAGAUCUCCAAGAAGAAGGCACAUUCCCACAUGCCAUCGAAAUAUCCUUCCUCCCGCCAACACCUCCUCACGGAUUCCUCGAUCAAUACAAAGUCCGAUACACUCCUCAUGGCGAGAGCAACUACAAGGAGAUCCGAAUCCCCACCGACCGCCUCACUUGCUCCAGCGCCAACAAGAGAGACAGACUCUGCUACCGUCUGUCCGACCUCGAGCCAGAGCAGGAGUACGACAUCCAAGUUGCUGCUCAUACUGAAGGAGGUGGCUGGUCCGACUGGUCGUCUUCCAUCACUGCCAAGACACACGAGCAAAAUAUCCCGGUCCUCGAGCGCGAGCUUGAGGUCACCGAAACCAAGCCCGUGUCGAUCUCCCUCAAAUGGGAGGGACUAUCCGCUGAACAAUCCGCCCACGUCGUCGGCUAUGCGCUUGAAUUUAAGUCUGAAGAUGACCAAGAUUGGACCGAAUACAACGGUGUCACUCGUCAUCGCAAGACCCAGAAUGAAUACAAGAUCACCGUGCGCGAUUUGACGCCAUCGACCACCUACUACUUCCGGUUGAAGGUUGUUGGAAAGAACGAUAAGCGCGGUGCGCCGGGGCCUGAAACCAAGGCUAUGACUAGCUGCGGAAAGCCGGAGGAGCCACCAAGCAAUGUGAAGCUCCAUGCUGUUGACUUCCAGACGUUGAAGAUUACUUGGGAUGCGCCUGGUGAGGAUAGCUGGCUCUGCAGUGAUGUCGAGUUUGUUAUCGAUUACGUCAACAAUACCGGAAAGGGACAAAUCGUCAUCGACACCGAUGCCCCAUCCGAGCUCAUCCUCCCGACAAUGCCUGGAACCAAGUGGGACAUCAAGAUGCAAACCCGCACCAAGGAGGACAAACCCCAGACCUCAAAAUGGUCCGACAAGGUCUCCAUCACCAUCCAAUCACUCCCCGGAGAAAUCUUUGUCACCGUCACUCCCAAGACCCCAACCACCGCCCAACUCGACUGGGAUCUAUCGGAUAAAGACCAAGGCUGGAACUACGGUGUCGACAUCACCUACAAGCUCAAGCAGCUUGGCGGCUGCACCGAGAGUGCCACCGGAAACCACGAGCCCAUCACUCGCCUCAACGUCCAGGAGAAGCAACUGCUCCUCUCGGACCUCCAGCCCGGAAGUGUGUAUGAAGUCAUCGUCACUCCUCGUCGUCCUCCAAGCCUUGCAUCCUCCAUCGUCCCACCCAAGACCGUUCGUACCUUCAAGACCGAGGCCGAUGUUCCGACUGGCGCUCCACAAAAUCUGCAAAACACCGUGCGCAAGGAUACUGAGCUCGGCUUCAAGUGGGAGGCCCCAGAAUGCAUCCACCAAAACGGAAACGUUACCCAAUAUGAAUAUAUUCUCUCUGGAUUGGAUGAGUGGAAUGAGGGAGAUCGUGAAAGUAUCACUCCUCGUCCUACAGCUGUCAUUGAUCAGUUGAUGCCGGGAAGUUUGUAUCGUAUGAAGGUUCGCGCUUACACGUCAAAGGGCCCUGGACCUUGGUCUGAGCCUUUGGAGAUCCGUACAACUGGAUCGGAGCUUGGGCCACCUCGCGAGUUGUCUGCGAUCCAGACGACAACUUCUCAAAUUCAUCUGACUUGGUUGCCGCCGUACCCGGAGAAGGCUAUUGUUAAUGUGUACCGUAUCAAGUACAGCCCGCGUGCCGACGACAGCAACCCGACCGAGGUUGAGGUCAGCGGAGACGAGCUGUCGUGCUCUCCCUACAAGAGCACGCUCAUCACAUCUGACAGCUUGUGCGCUACCCUCAAGGGACUUCACUCCUACACUACCUACAAGAUCGCUGUCCAAGGCCAAUCCGCUUCCGGAAACUGGGGCGAAUGGUCACCUGACUACUUCUCAACCACCCGCAAGGAUGGAAAUGAAACCCUCGGAGGCUCCAUCAAACUCCUCUCCGCCGGCCAUGACAACCUCAAGGUCCAAUGGUCCCCGCCCGGCUUCAUCGGGGAGAAGAUCCAGGAAUACGACGUCUACAUCUCCGUCGCCUCCGAACUCGAUGAAAACCCGACCAAAUACACCGUCAAUGGCCGCCAAACUGACUACCACUUCCGCAGCCUCGACAAGGUCACCCUGUACAAUCUCACCGUGCAGGGCCGCGAUUCCGACCGGAAGCUGUGGUUCAUCUCCGGAGUCUUCUCGACGACGGACUUUGGCGAUGGUCUCCUCACCUGGUUGCCAGCUCCAACCGACUUGCACUUGAUUGAGAAGAGCGAUACCAUGCUUCACGUCGACUGGGUACCGCCAGAGAUCUGGGACCCAGAGAAGAAGGACCUCAUCACCCACUACAGGGUCACCAUCGCCCGUGUUGAUGAACGCACCGGGGUCGCUGGCACGCCAAAGAAUUACACCGUUUUGGUCCCAGGAAACUCGAUCAAAUUCGAGGGAUUGACGCCGGAGACUAUUUACAACAUCACCGUGCAGGCCGCUACGAGCAGCGGAUAUGGACAGAUCCUUUGGGGAACGUACUCGACAUUGGCACCUGGCCAGCGUCACAUUCUGCGCCUCCAGAAUAGAACACCAACGACGCUGACGCUGGAAUGGGAUCCGGUUUGGGGAACGAACCAUCGUGGAUACACGCUCUCCUGCUUCACCAUCGCUUCCGUGUACCACAACGUCCGUCGGCACGAGACCAAGUCGUUCCAAGUCGAAUCAACCGCCACCCAGUACACCGUCAAAAACCUGAACCCGUCCACCACCUACAACUGUACCCUUCAGCCUAAAGAUCAUGCCGAAGGAGCAUGGGGAGCCUGGUCCACCCUACCACCCGGCUGGUUCCUCGUCAAGAACCUCAAGCAGUGCGACAAGACCGACUUUGCCGUCUCAAUGAGCUGGGAGCCGAUCGUCGACAACAUGGCCUCGCACUACCAAGUCAGAUACCUUCGCCUCAAGGAGCACGACGGUGUCUGGCAAGAAGAGGCUGAACGGGAGGCCAAGGAGCUGCUCUGUCCUAAGGAUGGUUGCGGAAGGUUGUGCUAUUUGGUGUUCAACCUGCCGCAUAAGCCUGACGAAUAUGUCUUCCAAGUCCGUGCUAUGGUAGAGGGACAAUGGAACCAUUGGAAGUCGGCUGGGCGAUUGGUUGUUAGCGAGCCACCUCAUAUCAAGGCUAGCUGCUGCAUCGUCCCACCACCAUACUACGUUGACAACAUCGGUGCCCCAGAUACCUUCGACUUUAUGGAAAUUGCCCCAUCACCAACCGACACCAACAUCACUCGUUACUUCGUGAUUGUCGAUGAGCGUGACCCUCCCGGUGACACCAACUGGACCGAGCUGACCGACAAGGUCACCGCCCACAAGCGCAAGAUCCCGUACUACGUCGCAGCCUCGUUCAACCUGGAGACCCUGCCGGAGCCCAAAUCCGUCCGCAUUGGUGAUGGUACCGUCAUUGGAGGGUACCUCAACUACCCGCUCACCAAGGGCAAGAAGUACAACUACGAGAUCUACACUCUGUGGAACAUCACUGGUGCUCCCCUCGUCGGACGUCUUCGUGCAUCUCCCUACCUGACGGCCGGCUGGCCGUGGUGGUGGUUGUUGCUCCUCCUGCUGCUACUGCUCCUUUUGAUCCUGUUGUGCUGCUGCCUGCUCUGGUGUCUCCAGAGACGCUAUCGCGCUAGAAAGGACCACUUCCGCUCAACGACCAAUGGACAGCACCGUCCUCUUCUUGCUGAUACCCUGGUUGACCGAAACAUCGACAAACUACAAGACCGUUUGAACAAUGUGCACGGCCAGAUGUCGCAAGUAAAAGGCGACUUCGAAGAUGGAUACAUGACCGGCUACAAGGAUGGCAAACGCCUUCCCGAUUCAUCGAGCCACAAUCUUCGAGGCCAAUAUGGGGCCAAUGGGGAUCGUUUCCAUGAAGGAUACGCCAAGGGGCUACGUGAUGCUGGAGUUGGUGGAAUGACCACUUCGAUGUACAACUUGGCCCAGAAGAGCACCGGCGGUUAUUCGGCUGGAUUUAUGCAAGGAUACAGGGACGGCAGCUCGGGCGUCUUUGGCGACCGCGUGACCCCAUCCCUCAUCUCCCGUCUCGACGAGCAAUACCCAGGCCAAGACGACUUCAAGCAGGGCUUCGUCGACGGCUUCAACGAGGGCUGCAAGAGCGGCAAGAGCGGAAAGAGCUUCGAAGACUCGCGCCGUCUCCAGCAAUCCCUCACCGAGCUCACCGAACGUCUCACAUCCCUCGAAAAGACCAAGGGAGACGAGAUCCACUCUACCAAGAUCUAUCAUGUUUACAACCAACAACCCGAUUUUGUUGGUUAUUCCUCGACGGGCGCCCAGCUUGCCCACGAGCUUGACGAGAUCGGCAGCCGCUCCAGGACCUCCACCCUACGCCGCCAUUAUACUCCCGGUGACUAUCUGAAGUACGCGUCGGAGGAGGAGCGAUACGGUAGCCUCGGCAGGAACAAGCGAUCACUUUCGGCUUCUGCCCUCGCGAGAGACUCAUCGACAACAAGGGAGGAAACGAGACAAGAGAGGCAGAGAUAUGCCUCCGGGACCCUGGGAAGCUCUUACAUCACCAGAAAUGCGGCCGAGAGGCAGGGUACCGAUACCUAUGCCAAGAGAUACAACUAUCGAUCUCGCUCGGAUGUGGGGAGCCCGAGGAGAUAUGCCUCUCAGACGCUGCUAGACGCCUCCAGGCCCGGGCCAUCAACACCUCAUGCUCGUCGUGAUGCCCUGGCAACGUUGCAGAGAGAAUUGGACACAUUGAGCCGGUCGCCCGGCGGAUAUGCAUCUGAUUCUGCGGCCGGAUAUGAUAGCGUCCGAUCGAAGGCUCGCGGAUAUUCAAAUUACGACUACGACACGUUCCGGUCAUCCACCCAACAACAACAACAGCAACAAUCCUCUUCCACGCAAGCUGAGACUCAACAAGCCCAAGAUCAAGCUCAAUCCAACACAACGACCGUCCGAUAUACUGCCGCUCAGCAGCCGACCGUCGUUUCGACAGCUACCCAUCAGAUCAACACCGGCACGAACGAAGACGCCGGGCGCUGGGCCGACGACCUGAUCGGCAUCGUCAACGAGCCGAUGGAGAGAACACUCGACCGAAUGCGCCACUUCUCCUCAUCUAACGCCAACGUCGAGGGAGCCGCAGCUCAAAGCAGCAGCCAGGGACAACAAGAAGUCGUUGAGGAGAAGUACCACCGCUCCUACAAGGAGGAGCACUCGAGCGGCCGC